CGGGGCGAGGCCUCGGGAAGUGCGUGGCCGCCGGGGCCAUGGCGGCGCUCGGCUUGGGCUGCCUGCUGCUGUGCGCGGCGUGCUGGCCGCCUAUCUGGGCCUCGGGCGAGGAGUUCUGGCCCGGCCAGUCGGCGGCCGGGCUCGUGGCGGGGGCGGCGUCCGACCGGCGGUACCUGCUGUACGACGUGAACCCGCCCGAGGGCUUCAACCUGCGCCGCGACGUGUACAUCCGUGUGGCCUCGCUGCUGAAGACGCUGCUGAAGACCGAGCCCUGGGUGCUCGUGCUGCCGCCCUGGGGCCGCCUCUACCACUGGCAGAGCCCCGACAUCCGGCAGGUCCGCAUUCCCUGGGCCGACUUCUUCGACCUGCCCAGCCUGGGCCGGAAUAUCCCGGUGCUCGAGUACGAGCAGUUCAUCGCAGAGUCUGGCGGACCCUUCAUCGACCAGGUAUAUGUGCUGCAGGGCUACGCCGAAGGCUGGAAGGAGGGGGCCUGGGAGGAGAAGAUUGACCAGCGGCCCUGCAUCGACCCGCCCCUGUACUCACAGGACAAGCAUGAGUACUACAGAGGCUGGUUUUGGGGCUAUGAAGAGACAAGGGGCCUGAAUGUCUCCUGCCUGUCGGUGCAAGGGUCUGCGUCCAUCAUCGCCCCUGUGCUUCUGAAGAACACGUCAGCACGGUCAGUAAUGCUGGACCGAGCGGAGAACCUGCUCCACGACCACUAUGGCGGGAAAGAGUAUUGGGAUACCCGGCGCAGCAUGGUCUUCGCCAGGCACCUGCGGGCCGUGGGAGAUGAGUUCCGGAGCCGCUUCCUCAACUCCUCCGAUCUGGCCGACGGCGUCCCCUUCCAGGAGGACUGGACGCACAUGAAGGUCAAGCUGGGCUCAGCUCGGGGGGGCCCUUACCUGGGCGUCCACCUGCGGCGGAAGGACUUCAUCUGGGGGCACAGGAAGGACGUGCCCAGCCUGGAGGGCGCCGUGAAGCAGAUCCGCCAGCUCCUGAAGAAACACGCGCUGCGCCAUGUGUUCGUGGCCACGGACGCUGUCCCACAGGAGCUGGAGGAACUGAGGCGGCUGCUCCCCGAGAUGGUGCGAUUCGAGCCCACGUGGGGGGAGCUGGAGCUGUACAAGGACGGCGGCGUGGCCAUCAUUGACCAGUGGGUGUGCGCCCAUGCCAGGGUUUUCAUCGGCACCUCGGUCUCCACAUUCUCCUUCCGCAUCCACGAGGAGCGAGAGAUCCUGGGCUUUGACCCCAAGACCACAUACAAUCGUUUCUGCGGGGACCAGGAGGACACGUGCGAGCAGCCCACACACUGGAGGGUCCUAUACUGAUGAUGUCCACGGCCAGGCGGGUGCAAGCAGUGCAGACCUAGGGCACUGUGGGCCGGGCGGGGAUGCAGGGCCAGCCCCUCGUCCCCAAAGGCUGUGGGGCUUCCAAUGUGCCACGACCUGCAGCCCCCAGUGGCUGGUGCUCCCUGAGCCCCAUGUGUGAGCAGCUGCUCAGAGCCAGGCCAGCCGGGAGGUGCUGACUCCCAUCUCGGACAGCCCCUGACUGCAGGGGACAGAGUGGUCAUGGCGUGGGAGCUACCCAGGCGGGCUGGUGCAUGGAAAUAUUUAUUUUCCGUUUGUAUACUCAGGCCAAUAAAACGUGUUUUCUAGAAA